UUUUUUUUGAAGGAGACACUUUGGUGAUAACAGCAGCGGCGAACCAUAAAGGGGAAAAAGGCGUUAUUGUUGAUGCUAUUGACGACCACCUUCGACCACUGUUGAGAAGACUGACAGUUGGUUACAUCCAGUACAAGGCUCAGCUGCGGAUGCAUGACACAGACUAACCGGAGAAGGUCUCUGUCAACAGCAUGGGCCAGCAUCUAGGAAAGAGGGAGUACCCCACAGACAGCAAGGCUUCGUCACCCGAACCCAAAGCAGCGCAAACAGCAGCAGAAGCAGCAGCAGAACCUGAAUCACAGGAUGAAGUCUUUGGCCUGGGUGAGGCAGAUGCGAACCAGAACAAUGGCUGCGUCUCGGAGAAGCCGGCGGUGACUGACUCCACAGGCGCUGAGGGCCCCCGCCAGCCCUGGACCCCCGCCAGCACAGCUGACCCUGACGCCGCCACACCACGCCCCCACCUGGCCCGCCUCUUCUCCCGAGAUGCCCCGGGCCGAGAGGACAACACCUUCAAAGAGCGACCCUCCGAAUCGGACGAGCUGCAGACCAUCCAGGAGCACAGCGGAACGGCUUCAGAGUGUGGGUCGGAUUGCCCCGAACAGGACCUAGAGUAGGCUAGCUUUUUUUUCCCUCCCUCUCCUCUCUUUUCUCUUUUCCCUCCUCUGUCCUUCAAUCUCUCAUUUAAGAGAGAGACAAGAACCCCACAUUUGACAAAUACAACUGUACUACCAACUACUGCUACCACCAUGGCAUCUGCAAGCUCCACACAGACCGCCUUCGGGUUGGGCCGCAGGAAGAAGAACCCCGGCCUCCUGGAUCAGAUCGGAAAGUUCUUUGGAGGGGACAAGAAGAGGAAGAGCAAGGGAUCUUUCCGAGGUGCUCUCUCUCCAGGUCCUCAGAAAGCCUCUGCGACUUCCCCACGUAAGCGUGGAGCAGAGAACGCUGUGGUCCAUUUCUUCCGCACGAUCGUGUCCCCUGCCCCUCCUAAGUCCAGGUGGAGAGGACUAGCAGCCAAGAUAGGCCUGGGCGACCAGAAGUCACAGUCCGCUAAAGGCAAGAAGGCCAGUGCAGGGGAUGGCAAAGGCACCCUGACUAGGAUCUUCAAAAUGUGAUGAUAUCAGCAGCAGAGGAAGCAGGAGUGCUUCUCCAGCCAAACGCUGAGGUCCCUCUCCACACCCCCUUCCAACAGCACGAGGGCAGAUGUUCAAGAACACGGGACUAAAGUGGGGGAAAAAAAAAGAGGAAGAAAAGGAGGAAAUCUUAUCACCCCUUACACUCACCUUCCCCUCCGCCUCUAAUAACACUCUAAUGUUCGCUAAAUCCCUCAUCUCUCCUGUUACCGUCCCAUCCCUUUGGCUGGUAGAUAGCGACACAAUCUGUUGCCCCCAUCUCCCCCUUCCCCAUCCUCACCCACCCUUGCAUGCGUUGUGCUGAGUCUGUGCAGUCAUCAUCAUUGGUGUGAACUGUUUGCUGAAGUUGAUCCUGAAGCCGCUCACAUGUGCAGCCUGAAUGACCCCCUGACCCCUGCCAUGGCUCUCUCUCUCUCUCUCUCUCUCUCUCUCUCUUGCUCUCUCUCUCUCUUCAUAUUUACUUGUGCUUAAGUUUCUGUGGACGUCUCUCAUGGUUUCUCUAACAAAAGGUGGCUGAACUGAAGCAGACCUGGAGUUCUCGAAAGUUAAGGCCGGUGUGAGUCCGACUGACUCGACCGUCAUUGCCGCUUGCUGAUUGGAUGAAAAGGCCGGGUUGUUUCUGUUUUAGUAAAGAGCGAUUUUCUGUCUCGUCACACUGUCUUUUGUCGUUCCCUCGAACCUCCUCCCCCUGCACCCGAACAUAAACCUGUGUUUGAGUUUUGUUUUGUAAUAGAUUUAACAGAUUUUACAUUAUUAUGAGAGCCAUUUUGGUCUUUGUGUGUUUUCAUUCAACUCUUGUGUCUUAGCUGUAGUUAAGUGUCCUGUCCUGAAUGUGAUGUUGAUCUAUGUUUGUCAUUAAGGCUGUCUGUGGAUUUUGUGGUAAAAGUUAAAUUUCUAAACUUUCUAAAUCAAUUUUCUGCAAUAGUUACUGAAAGAAGCAGAGAAGUUUCUAAUGCAUCUGUAACUAAAUUAUUUCGUAGUGCACUAUUUUCCACUUUUAAAGCCUCCAGACCCUGAAUCUGAAACAUAAAGCCAGAUUCAGACCAUUCAUCUAUGCUUUAGUGUAGUCUCUUCUUUGUCUUUGUACGCACAGCACAGAUUCUGUAAAUGCCUUUCCUCCUGACUACCAAAAACAAUGUGCUGUGUUUCUGUUUUGUGAAUAAUAAAAAAAAAAAAAAAACAACACAAUUUCAAAAAGGUGCUCUGUAACUAACUAUGUAUUUACAAAUUAUAAGUUGUUACUUGAGAAUGUGCAAAAGUUUUCUGGCACCAAGUCAGUCAAAGAAAAGCUCAGCACUACCACUUGUGCUGUUCCCAACAUCUAUCUUUCAAAAAGCCGGCAUGCGUGAUGUGUAGCGUCCAUCUCUCCUACUGUUUGUGUGUGCUUGAGCCUCUUGAGUGCUGUGUGGUGGUUUUUGUUGUUUUUUUUUUUUCUGAAUGGAUCCUGUGAAUGAAUGUAAAGAUCCUCCUCAUUAUUGUAUGUGUAAUAAAACAUGACCAGCCACUUAACUGAGAAUAAAAAAUAAAAAAUUAUAAAACCA